AUGUGGCUCAACGGACCUACACAGUGGGCAGACCAUGAAAUCGGCAAGAAACAUCGCAAGGCCGUCCAUCGGCAACAGGCAUCGAAUCGGGAAAAGGGGAAACGUCCCCAACCACCACUACCGGGUUUGGGUGGUGUGGACGUUCCGGGCUUUAGCAACGAGCCGGAGAAGGAAAUUCCGAAGGGUGCAGAAGAAAGAAAACCAGUGGAGCAGCAGCCUGGCGAAUGA